AGCGAGCGGAUGUUGUGGCGGUUGUUGUUGUUCCUGCGGCCCGCCCCCCUCCGCGGGAUCAGGACGGGCGCUUCCUGCCGGCCGCGCUGAGGGCGAGGAGGAGGAGGAGGACUGCGGAGGCUUCUUCUCCGGCCGAAGGAGCGGGAAGGCAGGGAGCGGCGGCGGCGCCUGGCUGGGUCUUCCCGCUCUCUCUCUCUCUCUCUCGCUGGCGGAGGCUUCAGGGCCUGCCUUCCGGCCCCGCGCGGCUCCUCGGCCGGGCCCCGUCGUGGCCAUGGCGGACUUCGACGAGAUUUACGAGGAAGAGGAAGACGAGGAGCGGGCCUUGGAGGAGCAGCUGCUGAAGCACUCGCCGGACCCGGUGGUGGUGCGCGGCUCCGGCCAUGUCACUGUAUUUGGACUAAGCAACAAAUUUGAAGCAGAAUUCCCUUCAUCGUUAACAGGAAAAGUUGCACCUGAGGAGUUUAAAGCCAGCAUCAGCAGAGUGAACAGCUGUCUCAAGAAAAACCUUCCAGUUAAUGUCCGAUGGCUUCUCUGUGGCUGCCUUUGUUGCUGCUGCACUUUAGGCUGUAGUAUGUGGCCAGUGAUCUGUCUCAGUAAAAGAACACGAAGAUCGAUUGAGAAGUUAUUAGAAUGGGAAAACAAUAGGUUAUACCACAAGCUGUGCUUGCAUUGGAGGCUAAGCAAAAGGAAAUGUGAAUCGAAUAACAUGAUGGAAUAUGUCAUUCUUAUAGAAUUUUUACCAAAGACACCAAUUUUCCGACCAGAUUAGCAUUGGCUUUACUUAAGAGACUUCCCAAGUAUGUUGUCUUUUCCAAUGGUGCCUUGCUUGGUGCUCUCCUGGUGGUGAUAUAGCAUUGGUUCUACAGAAUCUUGUGGUGUUCUUCAUUCAGUAAUUCUUUUCUCUUUUUGUAGCAGCAUGUUCAAAGUGUAUUUUGUAAAAAUUUGCAGAAGCCAUUUCAUGCAAAUGUCGGUGUGAUUUAAGUUAUUACCCGCCCCUCUUUCUGUUAUAAAUAAUUCCUGAUUUUUCGGCUAUGCCAUUCUUUUAUACAUACACACAAACGUGUAUAUGCGCGCACACACAGAGCUCUAAACAAAAGCAGCUAUAAGUGAGAUAUUUUAACCCUGACUUUCACAUCUGUAAAAUUGUGAAAAUUGGCAAUCACUUUAACCUAUGCACUCAUGUAUUCUCCAAAUAUUUGCAUAUUUUGGCAGUGACACAUUUGUAUAUAUCAGGUUUUUUUCUUCCCCUUCCUUUUGAGACAAAUAAUUCAGCCAUCUGUGGAGUCACUAUCAGCGUUUCUUGAUAUAACUUCCUUGAAAGCCAAACGUCUCUUCAGUUUCAAUUUUUUUCCAUGAAGAAAUUCCAUCUGCUCUGAAGAUGUUCCUCCUCAAGAAACCUGAACUCAAACUGCAGUUAUUCCACUAGAAGAAUCUGGUAGAUUUGCAUGUGUCCAAUGGUUAAUACUGCUCAGGAUCAUAAACUAAUAGUAUUUUAUAGAGGGCUGGUUCACAUAUAACAAUAAUAAUUAAGAGAUUUUGGGCAUGGGGGAAUGGAACAUACAGUCUUGCAAUCAGUUUCCAAUCUCUUAAUCAUCCUUCUUUCUUGUAAAAAAAAGAGACUAAUUAUAUGUUUGCACCAACCCCAUGUAUGGAAGGGUAUGUGAGGAUGUGUGCAUGCCCUGGAAUUGUGCAUACGUAUUGUGGCUAAUGCCAUGUAACAGCUUUACUGUCUUUAUUGUUUACCAGAUCUAAUAGUACACAAGGAUGCAAGAUUGUCAGAAAUAUAUUUGUUAAAACAGAUACUUAAGCAGUUUUGAGUUUUUAAGUGUUACAGUAUUUUGGUCCAGUACAAACAAAGUUAGUUGUUCUUAUGUUCCAUUAAAAUCACUGGGCCAAGUUAGUUGUGGCUUAAUGUUGUAUGGCUCACUCAUUUUGUGAGGCCGAAGAGCAGCUAACUUUUUUUGUUUCUUAUUUUUAAGUUUUCCAUUGGGGACGGGAUUUUUGUAUGUAAAACAUGGAUGACAUUGUACCAGAAGCUAUGGAUGUACGUAUUAAUAAUGUCUUGAUUUUUACAUCUGUGUGUCAGAUGUGUAAAUCAACAAUGGGUUAAUUGACUUAAUAGCUUACUGAAUGUUUUGGAUAAAUAUUUAAUGUACCCCAGAUUCUGUUCUUUUGUUUGUUUAUUCCAUGUUUACGUGGUUGACUUUCAGUUUCUUGUUUGUACUGUUUGCAGAAGAAAACAUUUUUUAAAAAUAGGGAUAUGUGAUAGUAUGCUUUGGUCAGGCCAAUUCUUAGUUUCUUGGCCGUGCAUAUCUUCAUGUAUUAUGUUUAAUGCGUACUUAAUACAGUUAUUUCUGAAACUUGUUUUGGGAUUUUAAUGGACUGUAACAUUAAGGGCCUGUUCUUCAUGUAGCAGAGCAAUAAUGUGAAUAGCCAACUAAUGCAACCUGCUUAAGUGUAUUAAUGAAAAGUUCACCCCACUGCAAGACCAUUUAAAUACAAGUUUCAUGUUACUGUCAUUAUACAGAUAUCUUUAUUGCUUGUUUACCAGUUAUUUCAACGUUUAUAAUUGAACUUCUCUGGGAAGGUAAACCUUCUUUGCAAUAGUCCUAGAAUGUUUUAGGUAGACUCUUUUUGCAUAUCACAACAUGCAAUUCACUGAUAUUUGACUUACACAUUUAUCUUACUGUUGGAUGCCAGAAUGCAAACGGAAUUUUAAGUACCAUUGCUUUCAAUGAGAUAUACUUAGCCUUCUCCCAUUGAAAUUAAAGAGAUUUUGGCUGACCCAUAUUCAUUUGCUUUGGCUGAAAAUAAGGGCCUAGGAGGCCUUUAAAAUAGAUAGACUUACUCAAAAUUUCAAAAAUAACUUACUGAGGUCCAUUUUCUGCUUGUUUUGGAUAUGAAAAUUAGAAUAUAUUCCCCUUAUAACUGGUGGAUUGUCAUUAUAAUAUGUUUAAAACAUUCAAGUUUGGGGACCACCUUUGUAAUGAAAGGUUUGGGUCAUGAUUUUUCAUUUAAUCAAGCAAGAGUACAUUCCAGCACAGAUUUGGGUUCAGCACAGAUCUGGAUGCACUGGUUGCACUCCCACAAGAUGAGCCAGGGCAUUCUGGCUUGAAAUGAGUGUGUAGUGUGCUAAACAAACCAUGGAGCUCAGCUUUGCAGUUGGUUUUCAUUUCCCUUCCCUGGUUUGUUCCCUUCGAAGAAACUCAGGACAGCAUCCACAAUGUGUUCUUUGUUGCCAGAUGACAUUAUACAGCAAACCCCCAUGGUUUGUUCAUCAACACACUAGUGCUUCAUGUCAGUCCCAUAUUACACCAAGGUGCCCUAGGUCCCUUCUACACUGUCAUAUAAUCCAGAUUAUCAAAUCAGAUAAUCCACAUUAUCUGCUUUAAACUGGAUUAGCUGAGUCUACACUGCCAUAUAAUCCCAUUCAAAGCAGAUAAUCUGGAUUUUAUUUCACAUUGUAGAAGGGACCAAGGAUUCCUGACUGUUUAAAUUCUUGGAUUUGAGUAGCUUUAAUUAUUCUUAAAAUCCGUAUUGGAACACGGUCUUGAUUGAUUAACAUGAAUCAACAGAGGGAAAACUCAUCCGUUCUGCUUGAUUAACAAAGUUCUCAUAGAUUCUAACUAUUUUCUAGAACACAAGCCCAAGGUUUUUCUAUUACCUGUUGUAAAAAUAGUUCUUUUUUUGCAUUUUCCAUGUUUUUGAAUCAAAUGGGGACCCCGAGCAUGUAUAGAAGUUUUAUUCGCAUAUUAAAAUUCCUAUAUGUGUACAGUG